ACCGAAACCGGAUGGAAACCGGUUAAUCGAUUACCGUCUAACCGGCUAACGGUUACGAACCUGGUUACCGAAUAACCGGCGGACUUCCUGCCGUAUACCAUACUUCUUCCUCUCCCUGCAGCAACUUCGGCUCCCCAGCCCUCAACCAAAUCCACUCUCCAUCUCCUCUGUUCUCUCCUCCAAGUUCUUCCCUCAGAAACCUCGUCGCUGUCAUAAACCAGUUGGUCCUAAUAACUCGAGUUGUUGGGAGAGGUUCAAUCGUGGAUCAUAUACCACAACACUAACACGCCCCCUCAAACGAAAGCCACUCACAAGGGCUUGAAGUUUGCACAGGUCUGAAGACAAAAAUACCAUGUGCUUAACAAAUGGGGGUGAUGGGCCUCGUCGUUCCACCCGGGUUCACCAGCCCAAUAUUCGUUUGAUCCAUGAUUAGUUGAGUCAUUAGGAGUCUACCCUCGUAGAAUAGGAUUUGAAUUUCAUUAGUUGAGUCCCUGUUGAAUCAGUCUUCCGGUUUGUUAGAGGAAUAAGCACUUCCACCUUAAGUGGAACGUGUGGGUAGGAACAGUAGCAUGCAUGGUUGUUUUCUAGGGAAGUUGUUAUUGUUUUCUGUUAUAUGCGUUUGAAUGAAUGAAAGAAAGGCAGACCAUUUUUCAGAAAUAGAACCCUGGCUAUUCUCUCCAAGAAAGAGAAAACUGGCUCACUCUCGCCAAGAAAAGGGAGAUAUUCAAUUCUUCAACUUCGAUCCGUAUCAUUUGGUAUCAGAGCCCGGAAUGGGCACCAACGCUCAACGAUUGGAGGCUAUUGAAGCCGCCGAGACCAACAAUCAACAAAACUUCCAAAUGUUUCAAGAUCAACUAGCCGCGCUACAACUCACCAUGACUCAAAUUGCCCAAGCACGAACUGCUAAACCCGACGAUCCCCAUUCGGAGGACGAGCGUACCACACCAUUCGAAUCAUGACGACCGGGGCAAACAACCGUUCUUUGGCGCUAAGCUCGCCCGUCUUGAGUUUCCCUCCUUCACCAGUGAAGAUCCGACAGUAUGGUUCUCAAGGAUGGAGCAGUUCUUUGAGCUUCAGGAGAUUCCUGAAAAUCAGAAAGUCAAUCUCGCGUCGUAUCAUCUGGAGGGCGAUGCAAAUCAAUGGUGGCAGUGGCUCCGACGCACCUACCAUACGGAGGGCUUAACCAUCACAUGGGAAAAAUUCUCCUAUGAACUUUGGGCUUUUUGGUCAAACGGCUGGGACAGGAUUCGACGAAGCGCUUUCUCGUAUCCGGCAAACCGGGAUGUGAACGAAUAUCUCACGUAGUUCGAACGAUUGGGAAAUCGGGUGCACGGAUGGACCCAACGCGCAUUAGUGGGCACCUUCAUGGGUGGCCUCAAGCUGGACAUUGUUGACGGGAUCCGGAUCUUUGCGCCCAAGACCUUGAAAGAUGCGGUCAAUCUUGCUCGUGCCCGUGACGAGCAAAUUGCUCGUCGAGCAGUCCUCCUCGACAGCAAAACAGAUCGACGUUGGAUUAUGCCACGAAUCCGCGUCCCAAGCCAAGAUCUACCUUCGACGCCAACUUCCAACCUCGCUAUCGGCCGGCGACGGUCACUAAGGGUAUCACAAAUCACCCGGCAGGAUUCACUAAUCCCCGUCCACGACCACCAGGGUCAAAACGUCUCAGUCAUGAGGAGAUGCACCGUCGUCGACAACAAGGUCUCUGCUUUAAUUGUGACGCAUCGUAUUCCGCCACUCACCGCUACAAGGGUGGAAAAUUAUGGAUGAUGUGGGGUGAUGACGCCAUCAAAGAGGCCGAGGUUUCUUUCCACGGCAAGGCAGGCUGGGCCGGUGGGAAGUCACUACGAGUGUGGGCCGACGUGGUUCAAACCCGCAUGAUGGUACUCAUCGACAGUGGGUGAACCCACAACUUCAUCAGUAAUAAAGCAGCUGAGAAAAUCCGUCUCUCCAUCGCCAAAAUUCCGGCUCUCCAAGUGCAUUGAUAGACCGUUAAUUACACAUGUUUUCACCCAUGUUCUUACACCGUUUGAGAUGUGGUUUCUCGUGUUUUAGACCGAUUUCAUGCUAGGUUGUGCUUGUUUGUGAUAUUUCAGGUCCUGGCAAGUGAAUGAAGGUUUAGGAGCGAGUUUGGGGUCGAUUGGGCGAAGAUCGGGCGCGAGACAAGUCACAAAGGAGGUCACACGGGCACACCCACAACUCACACGGCCGUGCAACUCUCCAAUUUGGCCGUGUGAGAUUGUGCAAGAGAAAAUACGGCCUGCCCUGAUGUUCACACGGCCGUGUGAAGGAGUGGCCUGGCCGUGCGAGUUUCGCCGAGAGCAAACACGGGCAGAUGGAAAUCUCACACGGCCAUGCGACCCUGGCCGUGUGAGAAGCCUGAAAAUCGAACUAAUUGGAACGCAACGUUUUGACUCACACGGGCAACUGGGUAAGUCACACGGCCGUGCCACCCUGGCCGUGUGAGUCGGGAUUUUCUGCUUUUAAGCAGAUUUUCAGCCACAAGUCGAGGGGAUUCGAGUUUUUGAGAGAAAGAACGAUUCCUAGAGAGAGAAAGUGACGAAACAGAAGUCUCCAAGUGCCCUAGAUUGAUCUUCAACAUCAUUGGAGGCCAGUUUGAGCUUGGAGAAGUACCGAUCAACGUCCAGGAGCAGGAAUCCAUCCUUCACAGUAUGAAUUCCGCGUAUGAUUCUGCUUUUGCUUCUUUCUCCAUGGAGUAGUUCUCCCAUUCAUCUGGGUAUGGAGAACCCUAGAUUUGUAUGUUAGGCUUUGAUUGUAUGAACCCAAGUACUGAUUCUAUGAUUUGAUUAUAUUCGAUUGAGGUUUGAAUGAUUGAAUGACUUGAAUCCUGAUCAAAUUCCUGUUGUUUCUGCUUUGACCUAGAAUGAGAAUAUCUGCCUAGGUUGAUAGAGCAUCCUUGAUUGAAGGUAGGGAGUUGGUGACUUUAGUCGAGGAGCCAACUCACUAUUCUGUACUGGAUUUACUCCGGUAGUGGAGGUUUUGUUUGUUAAGGCCUCAAUCUGUUUACUCCGGUGGAGGUUAGUCGCCCGCUAGAGACUCAGAUUGAGAGGGUCUGAAGACCUUUAGUCGAGACUUCAGACUGUUUAAGAACCUUCCGCAGUAUAACCAUCAUAGAAAAUGAACUUGGUAAUUACAA